AUGGAAUCUACCAACAUGUCAUAUCUGAACCCAAAGACAGUGAUCCUGAUUGGGAUCCCCGGACUACAGCAUGUGCAGUUUUGGAUUGGAUUUCCCUUUCUUGGUGUAUGCCUGGUGGCUCUGCUGGGGAACAUUUUCUUGUUAAUCAUCAUCCCUACAGAACGUAGUCUUCACCAACCCAUGUACAUCUUCCUGGCAGUGCUGGCAGCUACUGACCUAGGUCUCUGUGUAGCCAUUGCUCCAAAGAUGUUGGCCAUCUUCUGGUUUGGCUCUUGUUCCAUGGCUUUUGAUGCCUGCCUCACCCAGCUCUUCUUCAUUCAUGCCUUGCAGGGUAUGGAAUCUGGCAUCCUGUUGGCCAUGGCCUUUGACCGCUAUGUUGCCAUCUGUGAUCCUUUGAGACACAUGUCCAUCCUCACACCUUUCUUUUUAGUUCUGAUGAUUCUGAUGCUGGCAAUCCGAGCAACAGUGCUUGUUGGGAUUUUACCCAUUCUCCUUAAACGACUACAACUUUUCCGCUCUGUGGCUAUUGUCCAUUCCUACUGUGAGCACAUGGCUGUGGUCAAGCUUGCUGCAGAAGAUGUCCAUAUUAACAAGUCAUAUGGGCUCUUUGUAGCUUUUGCAAUUCUGGGUUUUGACAUGAUCUUUGUCUUCAUCUCUUAUAUUCUAAUUCUGCAGGCUGUUUUUUGUCUUCCCCAUAAGGAGGCUCGGCUUAAAGCACUCAGCACCUGUACUGCCCAUAUUCUUGUCUUCCUGGAGUUUUAUAUCCUUGCCUUUUUUUCCUUCUUCAGCCACCGUUUUGGACAUGUGUCACCCCACAUCCACAUCCUAUCAUCUACCAUCUAUCUUCUUGUGCCCCCUGCACUGAACCCCAUUGUCUAUGGUGUGAAGACCAAAGAGAUCCGCAGGAGGGUCAAACAGAUUUGUAUUCUGAAGCCUGACACACCGAAGUGA